AUUAUGAUAAAGCGACGGAUUCCAACGUAAAGAACAAUUUUACAUUUAAAGAUUUGGUUUGAGGUCCGUCUGUCUUUUCUCUCCCUCUUUUGUUUACAAUUUCCAACAGCGCACCACACACCAAAUAUCUCGCCUGUCUUGUCUCUCACAGUCACAGUCGCAGUCGCUUGAGUUAUUACUUAAAAGUGAAGGAGUGAGAAGAGAGAAAAAGAACAGAUUAAGCGAGAAAAAAAAGGGAGAAUAGAAACAUGCGAAAAUCCACUUCCUGUUUCAAAAUCAUCACUUGCGGCGGCGAUACUGCUGAAACAGACGACGUUGUUCAUGUUCCUCAGGCUGAGAGUAAGACAACAAAUGACAAAAAGGGUUGGAGCUUUCGAAAAAGAUCUGAUCGGCAUCAGGUGCUUAGCAACACUGUUAUACAGGAAGCAACUUCGGGACUUGAGCAAAGUCCGGAAUUUGCCGGUUUCAAUUUUCAACAGCCUGAUGCAUCCAUUGCUCCUGAGAAAACUUCAUCUAUUCAGUACAGUGAAGAAAAACAUCAGGUGAAGACACAAAAUGAGUACAUUGAAGUAGAAUCUAAGAGUGUAGCACCAAAUAAGUGCACUGAAGAAAAAUCUCAGUUGCUUACACCUAUGGCAUACACUGAAGAAAAAUCUCAGUUGUUGACCGAAGAGGACUGUAAAAUGCCUGAAUCUGUUCCCAUCACCACAAGCGAAGCUGAGGAUGAUGCCAACCUUGAUGAAUCUGUUGUUAUUAUCAUGCAGACUGCUGUUAGAGAGUAA